UCUACCGUGUCCUAUAGGGUCACUAUGAGUUGGAAUCGACUCCAUGGCAACGGGUUUGUUUUUAUUUUGGUUUGUUUUUAUCGUAUUUAAUUUGAUUUUCAUAGUAAGCCAAGGAUAGGUGUAAUUAAUCUCCUUUUUACAGGUGAGAAGAUGCGUGAGAGGUAAGGAUGUUUUACAAGCGUGAUUAUUCAUUGGGAGUAGCUCGAAUCAGCAUAGUGAUAAAGCAUUUGCUUUUCUUUAGAUAUUACUUCUGAUUUCCACCCUUGCUUUUAUCCUAGUCUUAUCGAGAGCUUUCUCAGCAUCCUGGUUACUGAAGAAGGAAGGUCAAUUCUCUCUGGUUUCUCUGAGUCCUACCUACUAGGCCAGGGUAACUAUACCUAGCAACCCAUGACAUCUGGAGGAAGGUUAUUUUGUUGGUUGCCACCCACAGCAAUUUCUCCAUGACCUACAGCCCUCUGUGGUCUCACUGGAGUUCCUUGUAGCUCCUAAAUAUCUGCGUGCUGAAGUUCUCUACUUUUGAUCAGAUGCUUUCUAAUCCCUGUUUACUAUAGAUGCUAUUUCUUAUAAUCUUCUUAUAGCCUUUUUUAAAAAAUUAAAGUGUGAAUUAGAUUUUUCAUUACUUUUGUAAAGACUGUUGACUUUAAGAUGUUACACUUAGGUAUAAUGUUUUGAGAACCAUGAUUUGUAGUCAUAAAUUACAGAGUUCCUCAGCCUCAGCACUAUUGACAUUAUGGACCUGAUAAUUCUUCGUGUGGGGACUGUCCUGCGCAUUGUAGGAUGUUUAGCAGCAUCUUUGGUCUCUACGCACUAGAUUCUGGUAGCAUCCCCCAUCCUUACCCCAAAGAUGUGACAAUCAGAAUGUUUCCAGACAUUGCCACAUGUCCUCUGGAGGGCAGAAUUAUACCCAGUUGAGAACCAUUGGUUGAUUACAAACAUAUAUCACACACUUUGGGUCCUGAACUAUAGUUAAUGAAAUUUUUAGAGACUCCUUUACUGGUUAUAUAGAAGCAGUGAAAGUGACAAUACUUAACAGUGAAGGGACAGUCUUGCUUUAAUAUUUGGAUUUAUUUAUUAUAAAUUGAGAUUUUACUUGGAGGCUAAAAAGUCAGAAAAGUUUUUCUCCCCCCUGAAUGAACACAAAGAAGUUAGGCGAGUUAAAUUUCUAAUAUUGAACUGCUAAAAUAAUCAACAACAUAUUUAAGGUUUUGUUUAACGGAGUGGGUGGUAAGAUGUUGGGGGUUUGAGACCCGUGGUAGUGCACUUGGAAAUUAAGAGUCAGUCCAGGUGGACAAUUGACUUUAACAUUCCAUGAGUUAUGGUGUGAGCAGAGCACAGCUCUGCAGUUUUGCUUAUAGGAGCAGGAACUCUCAGGGAAGCCUGUCUGCUGAUGGAGGCUCCCCAGCGACUCAGUUGGGAGUCCAGGCAGGAUUUGACUCCCUCAGUGGCAGAGAGUGGGAAAAGCAAGUAGUUUUGUGGAUACGAGGAGGUUUCCAGAACAGAGGAAGAUGGGGACUUGGCUUCUGGGUUAUAGGGGUACAGGAUGGAAACUGGUUUUCCAAAGUGGUGCUCAUGGCCUGGCAGCAGAAUGCAGCCCAGGAUAUUGGAAUAAAUCGGUGUUCCUCAAACUUGUCUGGACAGUAAAGGAGUGUCCUGGGGCAGACUAAAACGAAAGGAUCCUGGCUGACCUUGGACCUACUGGAUCAGAAUAUCCAGAAAAGGACCUCAGGAUCUCUUUUUAACAAGCCAUGUCUCCUUGUUUGUUCCCAAAACACUGUCCUUCCUUGCGAUCUUGGCACUUGCUGUUUUGUCUCUUUGGGACACACUUUCCCUGAUAGCUAUAUGCAGGGCUGGCUUCAUGGGUGUGUGACCUCCACAGCUGCACUGGGCUCCGUGCUCAGAAGGGCCUGUGCUUGGUUUAAUGCUCUGCUGUUGCCAUCCUGAAAUUUUUAAUCAUUUGAGAGCAAGGGCCCACAUUUUCACUUUUCAUUGGGCCCUUCAAAUUAUGUAGCCAGUCUUGGCUGUGUGACGUGCCCCCUCACUGCCUUCACAUCUUUGCUUAAACGUCUCCUCUGUGGGGACUUUCCUGACCACUCUGUUUGAAAUUGAAACCCUCCUCCAGCCCGGCACGCCUCUCCCCUUCCCUGCCUUUUUUUCCAGCAGUAUUUAUCAUUUAUCCAACUUUUUCAGCUCCUAUCUUUCUGGUGAUAUAUUAGUGAAUAAAUAAAAAUCCAUGCUCUCAUGGAGCUUAUAUUUUAGUCAGUGGAGACAGUAAAUAAACAAAAUAUGUUAUCUUUCAGAUAUUAAUAAGCAAAGUAAAGAAAAUAAAUCAGGGAAAGGAGAUAGGGCUGGUGGAGGUAGCUGUGAUUUAAAAUGGUGUGGCAAGAGAAGGCCUCACUGAGGAGAAAGUGAAGAAGGGAGCCAUGCAGAUAUCUGGGUGGAGAACAUUCCAGGCAAAAGGAACAGUGGGUGGUACAAAGGCCCUGAGGUGGGACAUCUUCCAGGAACAGUGUGGCUGGAGCUUAGUGAACAAAGGGAUGUAGUUGGCUUAGAUCAUGUAGGGUCUUGAAGGCCACUGUGAGGCCUUUGGCUUUUUCUGAGUGAGUUGGGAAGUGUUGGAGGGAUUUGAACAAAAGCAUGACACGAUCUGACUUAUGCAUUAAAAGGAUCGAUGUGGCUUCUGUUUUAAGAAUAGACCAUAGGGAGGGCAAGUGCCGAGGCAGGGAGACCAGAUAGGAUGGAGGCUUUUGUAGUAAUAGGGGUGAAAGAAGAUAACAGCUUGGACCAAAGCAGUAGAGAAGGAGGCAGUGGGAAGAGGUGGGAUUCUGGAUGAUUUGCUGAUAUGCUAGAAAUUUUCUGCUUACUUGCUCACUGUUGAGUUUGAAUACUUCUGCCCUGGAGACGGGCCCAGAGAUCCAGGAGGCUGCUCUGUAGGAAGGAGGGGUGUGGAGAUUUAAGAAUCUAGCCAGGUCUGACUCCUAACAAGCCCCAGUUCUUCUUCCAGUGAAGUAAAAAAUACCUUUGUGACCCUUUCCCACCAUCCUUUUUUGGUUAUGAGAUAACAUAUUAAAUCAUUGAUAAAUGGCAUUCAUUAUUUUAUUUUAUUUUUACUAACUUUUAUUGAGCGUGGUUUGUUUAAGGCCCUGUGCUAAGUGCUGGGGCUACAAGAUAAUACUAACACAUUGUCCUUUUUUUAUUUGUGGUGAGUUCAUCAGCUACUGAUUUACACUAGCCUGUAAGCUAUUUGAGAAGCAAGGGAACUUGUCUAUUUCAUCUUUGUAUCUUCCGUGUGUAGCCAUGGUGGGCCGUCCACAUCUGUGUGGACUUAAUCCACAGGAAAGCCUGGCUGGUAUGAAAUCACUAGGCCCUGGACUUGAGGAGGCCCUGAAAGUCAGCCAGGUAGGAGCUGAGUGAGGUAGUGCAUCCUGUUUAAGAGUUGAAUUAAAAAUUUGGUUUGAGGCCAGCUCUCAACCUACGGAAGACUGCUGCCGUUUAUGGUAUGUGAUAUUUGUUUCCUCUCCUUCCACCAAAAGUGAGUCUUUACAUAGAAAUGGAGCAGAUAAAAAGGGCAAAUAAACUGUUUACCAAUGAUUGUAUAUUUCUGAAGAAAACUUUGAACAUCCCAGUUAUAUCAGAGAAGCCUUUAUUGUUUAAUGGAAUUAACUCAAUUGAUUCUCCAGAAAAUGAAACUGUUUAUAGCAGUCUUUCUCAUGAAGAAGAGCCAGUGGUGGCUAGGGAAGCCCUCUCUCCUCCCAGUCCUCAGGAAUCUGACAUUCAGCCUGUGCAGUCUGAGGAAGUGUCAGCCAGAGAUUUCCUGCAGAGGCUGGACUUGCAGAUUAAGUUAUCAACACAGGCAGCCAAGAAACUAAAAGAGGAAAGCAGAGAUGAAGAAAGUCCCUGUGCAACUUCCCUCCAUCACAGUUAGGUGAUUAGGGGCCUAACUAACUUGGAUUAAGAAAUGGUUAGACCAUACUGAAACCAAGAAUUGAAGAUUUGAAAGCAUGUCUUUUGAAUUUCCAUAGCAUACAUCUUAAAAUCCCAGUUUAGUAGUUCCACCUACUGCAAUUGCACUGAAGGGAUUCGUUCCUUCUGGCUUUCUAUCAUUUUAAGUCCUGUUAUGGCAUGAGAGCAAGAUUGUAUCCUGAAGCUUAUCGCUUUUGUAGGUGCUGGUAGUUUUCUGACAAGCUUUUGUAAUUACUCGUUGACAUAAAGCAUCAAAGACUAUUUACAUAUUCAAGAUAAAAGCACUGUUUAUCUCCUGAUGAAAUCCUAGUUAUGUGAAAACUAUGUUGCUGUUUAUGUGAUGCUAAAUUUGCUGUGUUUAUAACUUAAGUGCUAUAUAUAUAUAUUUCAAUAUGUAUUACAUAUUCUGUAAUGAUAUAAAGAACCAAAUUUUGUUCGUUAUUUUGUAAAAAUAAACUACAAGAGUCUGAAUGAGAAAAUAAAUUAUGUUUUCAUAUUU